ACGUAACAAAAGUAAAAUGCACGAUUAUCAACCCUUACUAUCGUUGUGGUUCUUCAUUCCGACAUCAACCGUACCGAACAUUCACCCGAACCAUGGAGGAUGCAAAAUUCUAUCUGAUAUACAAUUUUAUCCGCCGUGCGCUCAAGAUUUCGGGUUGUGACAUAUUCAAUGAAAAUUGGCAACCAAAUUUGUGGACCGUUUUUACCAUCUUGUUGCCUAGUUUGUAUCCUUGUUUUGCGAUAAUUUUCCUGGCUAAUCAUCAUGAGCGUAUGUCCUAUGACCAAAUUGCUGACAGCAUGGCCAUUCUUAUCACCUGCAUAGACGCUGUUUUCGGAAUAAUGGAAAUCGUUGUCAAUCGGAACGGGUGGAACCGUGUGAUGAGAGAGAUUCAUAAUCGUCGUUUCCUGUAUAGAUCGAAAACGAUUUCGGACCUGUUUGAUCGGUACUACGACAGAAACUACCAGUUCUGUAAGGCCCUGUACUCGGUGUACAUAUCAGCUGCAGUAUCCCGCUCAAUUGCGCCGUUUGUGUUUCCUGAUCCAGUUCAGUACAACCUUCCGACAGCAUGUACCCUACCGUUCAUUGAUCCUUCGGAGCCGUACUUUUACCCGGUGAACUUUACUUAUCAGGUCGUGGUCAUCUUCAUCGCGCAACACGGUCUGAUUGCGCAAUGCAUGUCACUUGUGACUGGAAUCAUGUCGGCUUGCUGUCAACUUCGAGCUCUCAAAAUCAAACUUGAAGAACUUAAUGAAAAAGUCGGUAACAAAAAUGUCGAAUCAAGUGCAAUUCACGAAUCACUCGGCGAGAUAAUACACUUGCACAACCAUACUAAGGAGUUCAUCCUUCUGAUUCAACGCAAGUACGGAGUGGUGUAUCUCUCCAUGUACAUGGUUUGCGGUGGAAUUGUUUGCAUGAGUUUGAAUGUGAUCGCCGGAAAUAUAUUCACAUCCGCAACCUUACUGACCCUGGCAGGGGUAUUUUCGGUAUUUGUCCAUUGCUUUUUCGGCAAUCUCCUGCUGAUAGAGAACGACACUCUACCGGACAAGAUCUACGCCAUCGAUUGGCACAAUUUGGCCAUACCAGAACAAAAGUCCCUGAAAAUGUUGCUGCAAAAUGCUCAACCGGAUGCCUUGUUGCAUGGCAUUCUGAUGCCAUUGAAUAUGAGUACAUUUAUUGCGAUUAUGAAAAUGGCAUUUUCGUACUACUCCAUACUGAGCAGCGAACAGGAUCUUGAGUAAACGAAGUACAGUGCUUCAAUUAUCAAACUAUAAACUCAAUAGUGAAAAUA